AUGGCGAACCAACGAUGGAGUACAAAUAAAAAUAUACAAUUCAUUAAUGAAUAUCAGCGACAAGAGUGUCUGUGGGAUCCGAAACACCUACAAUAUAAAAAUUGGGAUGCCCGAGAUGCGGCCUACAAAAUAAUUAUGGAAGCCAUGGAGAUGCAAAAUGUCAAAGAAGUUGUUGCUAAAAUACGAUCACUUCGAAAUACUUACAACAAUGAGUUGUUAAAGGCAAAAAAAUCUAAUACUACGGGUAUGGCAACUAAUGAUCUGUAUAUUUCUAAAAUUCCUUGGCAGUGUCAUUUGGAUUUUUUGAAAAAUAUUGACAGUUACACUAGAGAAAAUACAGAAAAUGUGGCACCAAAUACCCAGGCAACUUCUACUUCAGAAUCUGAGAGCCAAGAUUUUACCGUAUCAUCCAUACCUACAAGAAAUAAAAGAAAAAUAAAAGGUCCCCUACUGCAGGCAGUAGAUGCAUUAGAAAAAGUUUCAACGCAGCACUUUUCAAAUGCUACUAAUGAUGAAUUUGAUCUUUUUGGACAAACUCAACAGCUCAACAACUGCGACCACGACGGCAAGAGUUUUUCUAGUGAUGAAGAGGAGGCGAUUGAGGGAGGAGCAAUUCAAAGGGAAACAAUUGAGGAAGGGGCGGUUGAAGAAGAAGUAGCAAUUGACGGUGUUGAAAAUGAAGCGAGUGCAGAGGCGGAUGAAGUGUCUCCAAAACGUACAGAAUGUCGCCUAGUGAUGGGGACACCUGCCACGCCACCACCUCCUAAACUUAUGCCCUGGCAGUUGACAAAACAACAUACUCCAACUAGUAUACAGUCACCAUCGUCAGUGCUAUCACCAUCGCCAGGUCUUGAAAAGCCUUCGCGCAGUCAAAGAAGACGUUCAUUUGAAAUUGAUAGCAUAUUUUUAUGUUAA